GGUGUUUGUUCCAUCUCAACCUUAGAGUCAGUGCCACAGUUCCUCUGCAGAGUGAUCGGGAGGGUGUCAGUCUGUUUCUGAAGUGCUGAGUUUCAGUGUGUGCCGAUAACCAAGACUCCUCUGCGGUCUAUCAGCCCCAUCUCCACCACGCUCAUCCGCCUUCCUUCAGGGGAGCUGAACAAGCCAGCUGCACAGAGAGGAAAUACCAGGAGGAUAAUGACCUAAAGGCCUUUGUCCUUUUGCAGAUUUUUGUUUUUACCAAAGGCUGUGGAAUACAGCUAUUUCAGCUCAGGGUGUUCUUUUUGGUGCUAGGUAGAAGAUGAGGAAACACCGGCUGUUACCGCUGUGCGCUCUUCUGGGUGUCCUGUUCGCAGGACUUCUGCCCAAACUUGAUGCCCAGGGUCAGGAAGCACAAGAGUCAGCUGACCUUGUACUCUUAAUUGACGGAUCUGAGAACGUUGGAGCGGCCAACUUCCCCCGCGUGCGCGAUUUGGCUAUGAAAGUCAUUGAGGGCCUCGAUGUGGGCAGGGACACAAUUCGGGUGGCUGUGGCUCUGUACAGCGCGGACCUAGAGAUUCAGUUCUUUCUAAAUAGCUAUGACACCAAAGCCGCUGUCCUGGACGCUGUGAAGGCCCUUCAGUUCACAGGCGGCGAUGAGGCUAACCUUGGAGCCGCCUUGGAGACAGUCCCUGGGAGCCUGUUGAAUCCGGCAUCAGGGGGCAGGGCAGAGGAGGGGGUGCCCCAAGCUCUGGUGGUGAUCAGUGCCGGGCCGUCCAAUGACGAUUUCAGUGCGGGUGACAGGGCUCUUAAGGCAGCGAGCAUUAUCACGUUUGGCGUGGUGGUCGGCAGCGUGGCCACCGCCGAGCUGGAGACUAUCGCCACAGACAAGAGCUUUGUUCUGUCGGCCCCCGAUUUCAGGGCAGUGGCAAGCAUGGGUGACCAGUUGCUACCAUAUGUUAACGCGGUGGCCCAGCGCACCAUUGUCAUUCAGAAUGAAUUUACAGAAGCCUUGGAAGUGGGAAAAAGGGAUAUCAUUUUUCUCAUUGACAGCACUAUGGGUGCCACAAUGAUCAACUCUCUUCGUGAGUUUAUCAAAAGGUUUGUUGACAGCAUGCCGAUCGGACCGGAUCAAGUGCAAGUGGGUGUGGCCCAGUUCAGCAAUACUGCCAGGCUUGAGAUUGAGCUGAAUGCAUAUGGAUCCAAGGAAGACUUGAGUGCAGCCCUAGGCAGACUCAAGCCAAGACCAGGACAAGUGGUGAACAUCGGGGCGGCCCUGGACUUUGUGAGGAGCAACAUGCUGAGGCCUGACAAGGGGAGUCGUAUUCAGCAGGGCGUGCCCCAGCUGGUUCUGUUGUUGACCAGUAAGAAGUCCAGCGACAGUGUGGAGCAGGCUGCUGAGGCACUGCAGCGCAUGGGGGUUCUGACCCUGGCUGCCGGCACUAAGACUGCCGAUGAGCAGGAGCUGAAGCAGAUUGCCUUUGAUGAGAGCUUGGUGUUCAUGCUGAAGGACUUCCGCGCAUUGAUCCGCAACCCCAGGGUGAUUGUCUCUCCCCUUUCCACUCUAUCUGGGAUUGUGGUGACUGAGGGACCCACAGAGCCAGUGGUUGAAAUUACAACAGUGCAGACCCAGCGAGUAGUCAGAGACAUCGUCUUUAUGGUGGAUGGCUCUAGCUACAUUGGGGGUGCCAACCUUCCGUACGUGCGGGAUUUCAUUGCCGGUGUGGUAAACCAGCUGGACGUGCGGCCCGACAGGGUGCGCAUCGCUCUCAUGCAAUUCGCAGAGAACCCAAAGAUUGAAUUCUAUCUGAACACGCACAACACAAAGCAAGAUGUGCUGGCCAGCCUGGGUCAGCUCAGGCUAAUGGGAGGGUCUGCUUUGAACACGGGAGCGGCAAUGGAUUAUGCACUUACCAACAUGUUCCGGGACUCGACUGGGUCACGUAAGAGGCAAGGUGUCCAACAGGUGCUUCUCCUGAUCACUGGAGGCCCAUCCCAGGAUGAGGUUAAAAGGAUAGCAGACAAAGUGGCCGUGGCGGGUGUACUGACCUUCACAGUCAGUGCUGGCCAGGCAGAUGAGGCCUACUUGAAGACGGUCGCUUUUGUACCAAACUUGGCUUACCAUGAAAGCAGAUUUGCUGACCUGCCAAGUGUUGUUGAACAGAUCAUGACUCCUUUGACUACUGUGGUCGGAGAUACAGACAUCACAGAAACAGAAAUAACCGAGGAACCUGCAGUCGUUGGAGGCGAGAGGGAUGUUGCGUUCCUGAUUGACGGCUCUGAUAAUGUCCGAGCAGAUUUCCCCUACAUCCGGGACUUUAUCAUCAAAGUCAUUGAGCCUCUUGAUAUUGGACAAGAUAGAGUCCGGAUUUCAGUUGUCCAGCAUAGUGAGAGGCCAGCUCCCAAUUUCUACCUGAAUACAUAUAAGGAUAAGGCUGAAGUUUUAAGGGCCGUUAAUGAUCUAAGACUGUCUGGUGGACGGAGUCUGAACACCGGAAUGGCUUUGAAAUUCAUGAAGGACACCAUCCUGUCCCCAGUUCAUGGUAGCCGUGCGGCUCAAAAUGUACCCCAGUUUUUGAUUGUUUUGACCGGAGGCAAGUCUAAGGAUAGCGUGAAGGAGUCUGCUGGUGCUUUAAAGACCGAUGGAGUGGUACCGUUUGGCGUUGGUGUCAAGGAUGCAGACCCUAAGCAAAUCGAGGCUAUUUCUCACAACCCAUCCUUUGCUUUCAACGUGAAGGAAUUCAGCCAGCUCAAUACGGUCCAACAAACGCUCAAUAGCUAUGUGAGCCUUCCCAAGGAAAAGCUGAAGGCUGUCCUGGAGGAAGCUGAGUCUCAGGGUCCCAAGAAGGAUAUCGUCUUCCUUGUUGAUGGCUCAGAUGGCGUCGGAAUGGAGUUCCCCAUCAUCCAGGAGUUCAUCCGCUCAAUCGUGAAGAACCUCAACGUGGGCGAGAACAAGAUCAGGAUUGGUGUGGUGCAGUAUGGCGACUCCCCCAAUGCAGAUAUCUACCUGAACUCCCACACAACCAAGGAGGGGGUUAUGAAUGCUGUCAAGGGACUGAGGCAGAGAGGCGGCCGGGAACGUAACCUGGGUCAGGCAGUGGAGUUUGUCAGUAGUGAAGUGCUGAAUGUUCGACGUGGCGGCAGGAAGGAGGAGGGUGUCCCACAGUUCCUGAUUGUCGUCUCCGGCGGAAGGUCCACAGAUGAUAUCAGUCGACCUGCGACAUCACUGAAGCAGUCAGGCGUUUUGCCCUUCAGCAUCGGGACCAGAGAUGUAAACCCUCAGGAGCUUCAGGUUGUUUCCUAUGUUCCCAACUUUGCGUACAGUGUGGAUGACCUCCCUGGCCUGUACACAGUCCAGGACACACUGAUCUCCAAGCUCACAGAGUUGUCCGAUGACGACAUUGCCAGGCUACGCCCUGUUUUCCCAACUGUGGAUGUCACCACAACCAUAGUAUCCACUGGCGGAGAAAAGAGGGAUGUGGUUUUCCUCAUUGAUGGCACAACAGCUGUGCGCAGCGAGUUCCCCGCCAUCCGUGACAUGAUCGGGAGGGUUGUGGAAAAGUUGGACGUGGGUCUGGAUCGGGUCAGGGUGUCAGUGGUGCAGUACAGUGACGAUGCCAAUAUGGAGUUCCUCCUGAACGAGCACUCCACCAAAGACGAGGUCCGCCAGGCCACGAGGAAGAUUCAGAGCAGGGGUGGAAACCGUCUAAACACUGGCCGUGCCCUCGAUUGGGUCUCCAAGAACAUCUAUCAGAGAUCAGCCGGUAGCCGCAUCGAGGAGGGUGUGCCUCAGUUCCUCAUUCUAGUCACGGGGGGAAAGUCCAACGACGACGUCUCUGGACCAGCCAACCAGCUGAAGACCAACCUGGUUGCCCCUCUUGCCAUCGGGGCAAAGAAUGCCAACCUCAAUGAACUGAGGCAGAUCUCCCUGAAGCCAGAGUUCGCCUACUCCAUUAACAACUUUGGGCAGCUUGCAACAGUGGAGCGGCAGCUUAUUGCUUCAGUCAACACCAUGACCACCCCUGUUCCUCCUGCUAACCUCAACAUGGGGAGGAAGGACAUCAUCUUCCUCAUAGAUGGCUCGGACACCACAGGGUCCAAUGGCAUCGCCCACAUCCGUGACUUCAUCCUCAACAUCGUUCAGCAGCUGGAUGUGCAACCUGACCAGGUUCGGGUCGCUGUCGUCCAAUACUCUGACAAGGUCAAGACGGAUUUCUCUCUCAAUUCCCACAACAAUAAGCCAGCUGUGCUCUCUGCCAUUAAAAGACUACGCCAGCAGGGUGGCAGAUCGUCCGAUCUGGCCAAAGCCAUCGAGUAUGUGAUCAGGAACGAGCUGAAAUCCUCGGCAGGUGUCCGGCUUGCGGAGGCCUCCCAGCAUCUGGUGGUCCUCACCGGCGGAAGGUCCCCCACUGACGUGUCUGUGUAUGGCCCUCUGCUCAAAGGCUCCCGGGUUAACUGCAUUGGCAUUGGGGCUGGUGGAGCAGACUCCAGGCAGCUCAACCAGAUUGCCACCAGCUCUGCCGAUGUUCUUCAGGUACCUACUUUCCCCGGCUUGCCUACCAUUAAGGAGAGGUUCAUUGCCAGGCUCAAUGGGACAAUCCCCGAGGAGACCCCUACAGAAAUUGUUGACCCAACUUCAGGACUCCCUAAAGCCAAGGCUGCUGACAUCGUGUUCUUGGUGGAUGGCUCCAUCAACCUUGGCAAGGACAACUUCAAGGAAGUGAUGGAGUUUAUCCUGAACCUUAUAGACCUCUUCUUCACCGAGCGUGACAACCUGCAGAUUGGCCUUGCCCACUAUGCCACCGACGUCACUGACGUCUUCUACCUCAACACCUACAAGACCAAGGACGACAUCAUCAGCGCCCUCAGUCGCACGGAGUACAAGGGUGGCCGCAGGAUCAACACGGGUGCUGCCAUUCGCCACGUGCAGGAGAACCACUUCAUCAAAGAUAAAGGCAGCAGGAAGGAUGAGGGCAUCCCCCAGAUCCUGAUGAUUGUCACUGGCGGAAGGUCAUCCGACGAUGGCAAGACUGCCGCUCUGGGGUUGAAGGCCACCGGUGUGCGCAUCUACGCCGUUGGCGUGGGCGACAUUGAGGAUGAGUUGAACAACCUGGCGAGCGAGGCCUCCACGGUGGCCAGGGCGAGCACGUUCAUGGAGCUCUCUGAGCUCAACGAGCAGAUCCUGGAAACAUUGGACGACGAGGUGAAGGGAAUCAAGCUGUGCACUGGCGUGAGCCAGGAACCCUCAAAAGCUUGCAGUCUGGAGGUGUUGGUGGGCUUUGACGUGUCCUCACAGAACAUCUUCCAGGCCCAGAGGAUCCUGGAGUCCAAGAUGGGUGCCAUCCUCCAGAGGAUCACCAAGAUGACGGGCAUCAGUUGCUCGUCGGGACAGAUCCCCUCGAUCCAGGUGGGCAUUCUGGCCAUGGAUACCGCCUCGGAACCUGUCCACCUGGAGUUCACGGACAACGCCGACAUGCUGUUUGAGUCAUUCCGGGCCCUGCGCAAUCGCGGCCCCUAUGUCCUCAAUGCCAAGACCAUUGCCGCAUACGGUUCGAGGUUCAAAAGCCGAGCCGCGGACGCAGUCAAGGUUGUGAUCCAUCUGACUGAUGGUCUGGAUGGCCAGUAUAACGAAAUGAAGAGACGGGUCGAAGAACUUAAAAUUUCAGGUGUGAACAGCUUCAUCCUGGUGGGUCUGGAGCAGGUACCCAGGUUUGAGGAGGCUGUGCUGCUGGAGUUUGGCCGAGGCUUCAGGUACACCAGACCCCUCCGAGUCAAUGUCAUGGAUCUGGACUACGAGCUUCUGGAGGAACUGGACAACAUUGCUGAGAGGGAGUGCUGUGCAGUGCCAUGUAAAUGCACUGGCACAAGGGGAGACCGAGGAGCAGUCGGGCUUGGAGGACCCAAGGGCAGUCCAGGUGGAGCAGGCGGAGCAGGACAUCCCGGAGAUGAGGGAGGACCCGGAGACAGAGGUCCUCCUGGUGUCAAUGGAACGCAAGGUUUCCAGGGCUGUCCUGGACAGAGGGGCAUCAAGGGUGGUCGUGGAUACUCUGGAGAAAAGGGGGAAUAUGGAGAGAUCGGCCUGGAUGGCAUAAAUGGAGAAGAGGGCAAGAGCGGAGUCGCUGGACCCCCAGGAGACAGAGGGAACCCUGGGAGAAGGGGACCCAAAGGAACUAAAGGACAUGCAGGAGACAUCGGGGAUACAGGAAUCAGAGGCGAUCCUGGAACCACAGGUCAAGAUAACAAUGUGGCUGGACCUAAAGGAGACCCAGGCGAUGUCGGCCCAGUGGGAGAGCCAGGGGAGGAUGGUAAGAAGGGAGGCCCCGGUGAACCAGGCAGGACGGGUUCUGAUGGUAGAAGAGGCCCACCUGGUCAAGCUGGAAACCCUGGCAAACCCGGAGGUGAUGGUGUGCAGGGAGAGCCUGGUAUCGGAGGAUCCAGAGGCCAAGCUGGACCAAUCGGUGCACCUGGAACUAGAGGUGAGGAUGGGAACCCUGGACCAAGGGGUCCAGGAGGAGCCCAGGGACCCCCCGGAGACAAGGGCAGGAGAGGAGCUCUGGGUCGCAAGGGUGAACCAGGAGAGCCCGGACCAAAAGGCAUCGUGGGACCUCUGGGACCUCGUGGUGAGCCUGGCGAAGAUGGUCGAGAUGGAUUUGGUAUCGCAGGGCCCAAAGGAAGAAAGGGUGAUGAGGGCUUCCCAGGAUUCCCAGGACCAAAGGGAGCGGCAGGUGAUGGAGGAAACAAUGGCGGACCAGGACCCAUAGGAAACCGUGGCCAGAGGGGUGUUUCAGGUGAAAUCGGUACUCCGGGUCAAAAGGGAGAGGUUGGAUACCCCGGGCCUUAUGGCCAGAAAGGACCGAGAGGACCUGGCGUUGUGCAAUGUGACCUUGUGAAGAAAAUCAGAGACAACUGUCCUUGCUGCUAUGGUCAACAGGAGUGCCCUCUCUACCCCACUGAGCUAGCCUUUGCCCUGGACGCCUCAGACGGCGUGGGUCGGCCCGCCUUCAACAACAUGCGUGACGCCGUUCUCCGCCUGGUCGGCAACAUCACCAUCUCCGAGAGCAAUUGCCCACGCGGUGCCCGCGUGGCCCUCACCCUCUACAACAACGAGGUGACCACCGAGAUCCGCUUUGCCGAUGCGCUGAAGCGCCGCUCCCUGGUGCAGCGCGUGGAAGGCUUGCAGGCAUUACAGACGCGCAAACAGCGCAGCCUGGAGACGGCCAUGAACUUCCUGGCGCAGAACACCUUCAAGAGGGUGCGCAGCGGCUUCCUCAUGAGGAAGGUGGCCAUAUUCUUUGUCAACGGGCCAGUGAAGGAUCAGCGGGCGGUCAGCGCCGCGGCCCUCCGUCUCUAUGACUCCGGCAUCGCCUCGGUGUUCCUGGUCAACAAAGAGGAUGGCCAGCUUACCAGAGCCCUGAAGAUGAACAACACUGGGUCAGCACUGGGUCAGGUGAUCGUACUGCCUAAUCCCGGAAGUGCACAGUACAACUCGGCUAUCCAAAAGGUCAUGAGCUGCCACAUCUGCCUGGACUCCUGCGCUCCAGACCAAAUGUGUGACUACGUCCCCCCUCAGCAGUCGAGAGACAGGAGGUCCUCCACCACCGACGUAGACAUUGACAUGGCCUUCGUCAUGGACAGCUCCGAGACCACCUACCCCACUGUCUUCACCGAGAUUAAACGCUACGUUGCGCACAUUGUGGAGCAGCUUGAAGUCUCGUCAGACCCUAUGGCAUCCAUCCACCAUGCCCGUGUGGCUGUGAUCCAGCAGGCACCCUACGAGUUCCUGCGCAACAGUAGCGGCUCGCCAAUCCGCGUGGACGUGGGCCUGACCGACCACCUCUCGGCCCAAGACAUCCAUAACUUCCUCCUGGACAAAACGCCCCAACUGGAGGGUGGGCGGGCGCUGGCGGCAGCCAUCGAGCACACGGUGGAGCAGGUGUUUGAAAGGGCGCCCCACCAGCGUGACCUCAAGGUGCUGACAUUGUUCGUGACAGGCCCAGUGGAGGAGGAUGAGGAGCGGCUGGUUGCCGUGGCCACCGAGGCCAAGUGCAAGGGCUAUUUCUUGGUCAUCCUGGGCGUUGGCGAGAAGCUGAGUGCUGGGGAUGCCCGCGUGAUGAUGCGCAUGGCCAGUGAGCCCUCCGACGUCUUCUUCAAGAGGCUGACCAGCACCUCGCACUUUUACGACAAGCACAUUCAGAACUUUGGCCGACUGCUGCCCAAGUAUCUCAGCAUUGAGAACGCUUUUUACAUGUCCCCUGAAGUCUCCAAAAACUGUCAUUGGUACCAGAGUGACCAGCCAUUCCCCAAGUUCCCCUUCCCCAAAUCACACCACAGCCAAGAGAAACAUCAAAAACACCACGAAAAUCACCAGGCAGUCCAUCCAAGAAAGCACAAAGACCAAGAGGAGUUGCACGUAGCCAAUGCCACUUCCAGUGGCCUGACCCUGCGUUGGGCCAGCCCGGACCCCAAGCUCAUAGCCUACUUCGAGGUGGUGGUGACGCGCCUGCGCGACCACACACUGGUGCUGAGGAGGAAUGUGACAGGCACGGAGAUCACUGUAGGCGGCCUGGAAAGCGCCCAGACCUACCACGCCGUGGUGACCACACACACCGCCCAGGGCCACGUUGCGGCCACACACAAAGGCAUUAUUACUACCAAAGCAGCAGCAGAGCAUAAGGUCGCUGCCCCCAUGGAGGUGACUGGUAUCAUAGCCACUACACCACUGGACAAACCAGAGAUUGCUAACGAGCUCACAGACCCAUGCUCUCUUGACUUUGACCCUGGAUUGGCGUGCAAAAACCAUCAGGCUAAGUGGUUCUUUGACAGAAAGAAUGGGAUCUGUACCCAGUUCUGGUACGGUGGUUGUGAAGGCAAUGGCAAUAGGUUCGAGACUGAAGCCCAGUGCUUGAAACGCUGCAUGAGGUCAGAACCUCAGCAACAAGUGGAGCAGCAGCUCGAGACUGAGAUCCUUCCCGCUCCCGCGGUCUUGACAAGAGUGGAAAUCUGUCAGCUCCCCAAAGAGGAAGGCGCCUGCGCAAAGUUUGUUCUCAAGUGGCACUACGAUGCACUCAGCAAGAGCUGCACACGCUUCUGGUACGGAGGCUGUGGCGGCAACCAGAAUCGCUUCGAAACUCAAGAGGAGUGUGAGAAGGCCUGUGGAAAAGCAGCUCUGCCUCGAGGGCAAAAGGCAUGGGAUUGGUUGGAUGAAAGCCGUGCAAACCCCGAGCGGCACUCACAGCGACGAGUGAGAAUGAAAGGAAAGAGAAGAAAAGGCUCGCUAGGUGCACCUGUCAACCAAGGAGUCAUUGCCGCAAUAAGAACAUAGGAGGACAUUGAUUCAUUGUCAACGUAUUCCUCUUCUGAGAUUUGGAAGAAAACCAACUAAAAUGGCCAAAGAAAAGCUAUACCAAAGGAAAGGUGGCUGCACUGGAUUCCAUGAACAGGAUUUGAUCAAAAACAAUCUUGAAGUAGUCUUUUUCACAAAAUGAAAGCAACACAAUUUGCUGCAUGAUUUUUCCUACUGGUGCUACAUAGUGUUUUUUAGUUUUCUCUGAUGGAGUUGCAGAGUACAUCCAGUGUUUGUAAUAUAAAAUUCUGUAACAGUUACACCAUAUGUUUUUCAUAAAAUAAUCAACUCUUGAGAAUAAGGUUUUAUAAUUAAAAUGUAUGUGUAUGAACAUCUUGGGACAGAGAUUAUCAAUAAAGCGUUAUUUACACAUGCACACACACACACAGGUCCACAUACACACACAGGUCCACAAUGACUUUGAAAGGGUCAUCAUAGGUUAUUUUACUUCACUAUAUAAGUAAGUAAGCAUUUCACUGUUAAUCUACACAUGUUGUUUACGAAGCAUGUGAUGAAUAACAUUUGAUUUGAUUUGAUAUAUCCCCCAAUUUACUUUCCCUCACCAUGCCAAAUACUCUCCUAGUUGCAGAGUUCACGCUGAUGUUAACACAAGUCCUACCUGGCAGUGUGUAUAUAAUGAGUUAAACCAAUUUCUCAGCGUCAACAGGAAUUCAUCAUGUAACGUAAAUGCACUUCUGGAACCACUGCCUCAAACACAUGUUCCACUUUUUGAAUAUGGAAUGUACUUGUCAAGCUGUUUUUUGUUUUGUUUUACUGAACGUUGUGUUUCAUCUGGGAACGGGGGAAAUAAAAAUGAAUUAGACUUUCUAAUAAA